AUGUUGACGAUCUUGGCGUCGAUGCAUUCGGACCAGGCGCUUUUCAAACUGUGCAAUGCCAUCGAGGCAUGGAACGACGACGCCGAGGACAUGGACGAUGCUUGGGAGAUCCUAAGCUCGAGUAACGGACCACGCCAAACACCGGGGUCAGGAGCGUACAUUUAA